AUGGCCUCAACGCGUGCCACCACCGGCAACUCCAAGCCACGCGUCCACAUGACCGUUAGCACUGGUCCGGAGCGCCAAAAGCGCGGAACCACCACUGGGGCUACCAAGCGCACCACCGCGCCCAAGAAGACAGCAGGCACCAGCGCCGGUGUCAAGAAGCCUCGAGGCCAACCGCCCAUGGCCGCCGCCCACCACCACAAGCGAAAGCCGCACCUCAGCGACAAGAUCGAGGGUGCCGCCGAGAAGGUGGUCGGCAAGAUCACGCGCAAGCCGGGCAAGAAGGCCGCCGGCACCAAGAAGAUGCGCGGAACCGACGGCAAGAACAGCAGGACCAGGAACGCCUGA